CUCCAACUCUCAUUUGCUCUGUUUCUCAUGGCCAUACAUUCCCCUCCGCUCGCACGAGGUUCACAAAAUAAGUUCAGGAAAUAUCUCUAGGAACCGAUACGUAGAAGUGUAAGAGGGCCUGGGGAGCGGGAAGUCCAUAAGUGUUAAUUCAUAAAAAUCCCGUUGCACAAGUCUUUUAUCUAUCACGCCAUAGCCUGGGCAAUCGAUUCAACGCGUCCAAGGAUGCCAAUAUCUCGUAUCGGAACCCAUACGACCUACGUUACGGCGAACCACGGUGUAAUUGCUUCGGUCUCCGACUGCAGAUUAUUCUUUCCGGUAAUCCAUGAAGAUAAUUCUAUUACAUCUUCAGGAACUGCUUAUUCCUUGGGACCUCACGGGAGCAAAUCAUUUAUUUCAUUGAAAGUACAAGUAUAUCCGCACCACGUGCUAUCAUUAAUAUGCGGUCGCCUCAAUAUACCAAAGAAGUUCUUCGUGGAGUAUAAGUACUAGAGACUUUAACUGAAACUUCCGAAAACCAGAACGAUGGCCGUUCUUAGGUUCGCUUCACUUUUCGUCUCAUUCCUUGCUUUGCACAGCGUUAAUGCUGGACCAUCCGCCGCCGCCGACCCAUGCGCCAAGAUCGCAGGCAAGAACUUCGUGCCACCUGCGGAUGCUCUCGCCUGCGAGAAAUCGUUCCCGUUCAACGAGACGCUCCGCCAGAACGUCUUGACCACCGUAUCUCGGGUGUUCGACUUUUACACAUUCGAGGACUAUUAUUUGAAGUCCCCUCCGCCGUUCCAGGAAUCAACAAUCGACAUCCGUGCUGCUUUGCGUAAGCUGAACACGACGAAGUACCAGACGGACUACGAUUUCAAUAAAGAUCUAUUUGAUUUCACAAACCAGCUGAACGACGGACAUACUCGUUGGUUACCUGAUUGCAUAGGCUUUUUCCAGAACAUUCUUCCGACGCCCAUAGUCUCCCUCGAAGUAAAGGGUGUCCAAGGAAUCUACGUUGCGCCCGAUGCUGUCGAGUUCAUUUCUCUUCUCGGAACAGAAUACACGGGAUUUUUCGAUUCCAUUAAUUUCAACUGGAAACGAUUGGCUGGAGCGCAAGUCCUUGCGAUCGAAGGCCAGGAUCCGUACGAUUAUGUUGACUUUAUUGCAAAGACGGUGUCCGGAAACUAUUUGGACCACGGUGUCAGGGUGAAUUCGGUGUUAUCAAGCUACAGAAUAGCGAGCGGAGAUUACUCUCAAAGGCUAGGAGAUCUCGCUGGGCCCUCUGGCGUGCAACGUACAUCGCUCACGUUCCAACUCGUUCCUCUAGACACUGGAAAAGCAGAGACAGUGACAGUUCCUUACCUGGCCGCCUUCUUGGGGAAUGCAUUCACGGACAAGGAUUCAUUCUGGGCUAAUAACUGCGCUGCAACUCCUAUUACUAACGGAAUCGACAGGAGGACCCAAUCUUCGUUCGUACCGCCGAAACGUCUUCAACCGAAAGCUUCUAUCAUCGAUAAAGCCCAUUCGGUCAACAUCGUUCUUCCUAACCCUUUCCGCCCUAAUCUCACAGAAGUUGCCGGAAGCGAUGACGUUCUGAAGAAUUACAUUCUGCCUGAUAAAAAAACAGGAGUGAUGUUUGUGGGCUCCUUUGGUCCUCUGGAUUUCGACCAGUUUCAGGCGGAUGUUGUAGCGGCUAUUGAUGCUUUCAAGAAAGCUGGUGUAACACGCUUGUUGAUUGAUUUGAGCAAUAACGGAGGUGGCUUUGUAUGUCUCGGACAGUUCUUGUUCCAAUAUCUUGCUGGUAGCAAGAUUGGGUAUCCUGGAUUUGUUUCUUCUCUUCGCGGAAAUACCCUUGCCCAGAAGAUCAUCGCUGCUGACAUCAAGUUGGGGAUCGAUGCGUUUGAGGGGUUCUAUCCUGCCGACAAUUGGGCGUUUUUGAAUGGGACCCAGAUGCCAUCAAGUUUCGAUUACGCUGAUCCAGUCGUGCCAUUCACUAUUAAUGGGGUCAAUGAUCCAACGUCGCAACGAUUUCAUGAUACCUGUGAACUUGCAUUCAGUCAGACUGUCCCUCAAGAUCCUCCCUUUGACCCAAGUAAUAUCGCCAUCGUUAGCAACGGGAACUGUGCUUCGACCUGUGCAAUGUUUAGCACAUUGAUGAACGAGAGACUUGCGACCAAGAUCGCUGUUUUCGGCGGGAGACCCGGUCAGAACAUUGAAUUCAAAGGCAUGGCGGGUAACCAGGUGCUCGAAUGGGCUGACCUUGAUAGUGAAAUCAAGACUGCUGGGUUGAAGGAUGAUCCAUUGGCGCCACCAGAUCUGCUUGUUUCGGCCAAUUUCCGCCACAACUGGCGUACAGCUUGGAGUUUCUUCGAUGAGAACAAGCCGAUAGCCUACGUUUCUGAACUUCCGAGAUUCCGGUUUGCCUACACUACAGACACGUACAAUAAUCCGCAGAACCUUUGGUUGUUUGCUGUUUCUCAAAUGCUGAAAUGAAAGCUUCUCCACCGGGUACAAAUAAACUUUCGAUAUUCGUUUUUUCCCAGAGUCGUGGAUUUUCUGUCAGACUCUGGUUUUUUUUACUUAAGUAAUGUGUUAUGUAUGUGUAUUUACGAUACGAUAAAGUAUCCAAAUUCCCCCCCUUCGAUCCAUC